AAUAUUAUUGGUUAUGUAGAUAGAUAUUUCUCGUUAAAGUCUGCAGCAGAAGAUGUAGAUACAACUCGGAUACUAACCUAACCCUUUACACUCGUACGUCCGAAGCAUGGAUGCUUAACGAAUUCGUUAAAUAGAACGCCGCAGUGCACAACAUAAAUUUGUAUUCGCGCAGUAUUGUACAUUAAACGAUAUCCAUACGGUUCGGAGAAUAUUGUAUUCUAAGUAAACAUUUUAUUUCCAUGCGAGCGUGUUAUUGGAAAAUAUCGAUUCGAGACGAACAACGUGUAUAGAUUGUUUUCAUAUCGAUUUUGAUCCUUCGAUAUGACGGGGUGACUGUGUAUCGUUUCUGUACAUUUUGCGAAAUAUUAAAUGUAAGAUAGUAAAAAGUUGGCCAAGGUGAAUGUGAUACGCGGGAAAGGAAUGUGCCGCUCUAAUUUGGGGAAUACGUGAAAAACUACAGGAAAAGUGAAGCGAUAACAUUGCCUACUCAACACUCAUCAGUCGGUUCAGCAAGGGACAACCAAUAUCAGAGUCCUAUUUCCUGUGGUUUUCCUUCACGUAUGAUUGGAAUAUGCUGUGCUGUUAUUCGUGCUGCUAGUAAGGGAAUUAGUUCCGAACCAAAGAUUGGAAGCAAGAACAUACUAGACAUUGAGCGAGUAGUUCGGAUGCAACUAACAAUAAGCAAAGAAACACGCAGAUAAGAAAAAUAAAGGAGCAAGAUAUUCAUUAUUCCGUCCGUAGAAUGCUGAUAGCCGCUGUUUAUAUAAUUUGAAUAGAUGUUACAGAUUAUUCGGAAUGGACGUAAUCGCCUACAAUCACCACGAGAUCGCGAGCAUCGGAAAUAGCAUCGAUGGAGGUGAGGUCGAGGCCCAGUACGAGGACGAAGUGGAGGACAUACUGCCAUACAUCGACAUCGACCGAACCCACCUGACGAUCGAUCAGCUGACCGCUGCCGGUGGCGAGAAGAUGAUGCCGUUCAGGAAGAGCCUAUUCCCGAACGUCGCGCCGUACAUCGUAUUCCAGUCGUUCGACUAUAAGGGACCAACAGCGCCGUACGAAGUAACGAGACACCUGAGGUGGCGCUUAAGCACGAUCACACCAUUAAUAGUACGUCGUACCUUGGUGAACUCAGGUUUCCAGCUGACGAAGAAGUCGCAGAAAUGGUGCGGCACGUGGGGCAAGCACAUGAAGUCGGUCUGCUUCAAGACCCUGAAGGAGUGGCAGAAGAUCAACCACUUCCCGGGUACGUUCCAGAUCGGCCGCAAGGACCGUCUCUGGCGGAACCUCAGCUGGAUGAUGAUGAAGCACGGCAUAAGGGAGUUCGGCUUCGUUCCGAGGACGUUCGUACUACCUCAGGAUCUCAAUUGCUUCCGGCAAGUGUGGAAGAAAUUGAGCGGGCACAAGGAGAAGUGGAUCGUGAAGCCGCCGGCGUCCGCCCGGGGGACCGGCAUCAAGGUGGUGCACCGCUGGUCCCAGAUACCAAAGAAACGCGCCGUGGUCGUGCAACAGUAUUUGUCCAGGCCGAAGCUGAUCAGCGGCGCGAAGUUCGACCUCCGGCUGUACGUGCUCGUCACCAGCUUCAACCCGUUGAGGAUAUACCUCUACCCGGACGGGCUGGUGCGAUUCGCCUCGGUCAAGUACAACGACGACAUUAACUACCUCAGCGACCGCUUUAUGCACUUGACCAAUUACAGUAUCAAUAAGACCAGCGCCACGUACACCAGCAACGACUGCGUCGACUCCUGUUCGGGCCACAAGUGGACGCUCAGGACGCUCUGGUCUUAUCUCGAGAAAGAGCACGUGAACGUCUCGAAGCUGUGGGAGUCGAUGAAGGACAUCGUGGUUAAGACGAUGAUCGCCGUCGAGUCUCCGAUCACCACCCUGACGAGGACCAACACGACCUCGCGGUACUGUUGCUACGAGCUGUUCGGGUUCGACAUACUGCUGGACGAGAACCUGACGCCGUGGCUGUUGGAAGUGAACAUUUCGCCCUCGUUGCAGUCCUCGUCGCCCCUGGACAUGGCCGUGAAGGGGCCGUUGAUCAAGAAUGUGUUCAACAUUGUUGGGUAUCAAUUGCCGAACAACCUGGCGGCGGAAGACGAGCAGAAGAUAGCGCAGAAAUAUCAGUUGGACGUCGUGUGCCAGGACUUCAGGCUGCACAGGUCCAUGCUCAGCUAUCAGGAGCGGCACAAGCAGUCGAUGUACGCGAACCUGAGGAACAGGGACGACUACAUUGAUGAUAUUAUAGAUGUCCUCACACCGGACGACGUUAGACAUUUAAUAGCUUACGAGGACGAGGUGACGCAAUUAGGCAAGUUCGAGAAGAUCUUUCCUACGGUCGACAGCCACGAGUACUUGCAGUAUUUCGACGUUCCCAGGUAUUACAAUAUGCUGUUCGACGCGUGGGAAUUUAAGUACAGCGAUAACCGGGAGAAAGGUAUAUCGAGAUUACAGAAACUAUGCGAAACGAAGUACCAUUUGGCGCAGCAAGUGGACUGCUAGGAGACUGAAUUAGGGACGUAAAUUCAUCGCCGUCGGCGUCUUCCACGUUGACGGGAUAACGACGAGAGCCGUCGAUCCUUUCAUUUUUUCUUUUUAUAUACGCUAUACAGCAUCUUGUUAUAUGUGAGUUACUAUAGUACCGACGUACCGUUGUCACGAAACGAUCGCAUCAUGUGCCUUUUUCACGGUUGUGCAAAUUUACUUUGAUGUAUUAAAUCUCUAUAUUAAUAAAUCAUUUUACAAUGAAACGACGCAUCGACGUAGUUUUCUUUUAUUUUGUUUUCGUUGGUUUCUCGUUGUCGGACAGAGAUUUUCAUUCCACGCGAGAAUGCGAGUUGACGGCGCGCAAGCGUGCGACAGGUUUGUAUCGUUUUUGUAGGGAUUUAAGUAGAUAAGGAAAUAUUGUUUUGUGAACUAAACACUCGAUAUUCGAAAGUAAAAUCAUCAUUAGAUACAGAGAAUUUAUGUAUGUAUAUUGUCAUCGAGAAGAGGAGUAACUUUUACUUGUACCGAUGCUUGUUAAUUACGGAAACUACGUACUUCAUUUAAAAAACUUUUCAUUGCAUAUUAUGAAGUGUAUAAUUCCCUGCGUUCUGAUUUAAAUUUUCUAAUUUUUCGUCUGAAAUUUAAUUAAAAUAUCCUAUUCGCGUGUCUUAUUAAUAUUUUUGUUAAUAGUGAUAUAUUCUGUUUUGUUGCCGUAACAAACGUCUUAUGUUCAUUUACAAAACAUAGUGGCUUGAAAAACUUGCUGCACAUUAUACCUUAUCUUUCUUCGUACAGUAUAUUCGAGAAAAAGGAGACACAUGUAAGAACAGUUCAUGGAAUAUUUUCUUUGACAAUUGAAUAAGCUAUUAAUAAAAAAUCAGUUACUUUUUGUAUGAUAACUAAUUUUUCAAUAAUAGUGAUCUCAAUAUCGUUUUUCUUUCGAAAGAUAAUUUUUGAAUUAUUUUUUAUUCCCUACAUUGUAAAGGUUCGUAUCCGGCGAUUCAAGUUGUUUUUACUUGUUAAAUGGUAAUAAAGAUAACUUUUUUGAUACAGUGUUUAGGUUAUUGUCUUAUAUAACAUUCAAUGAUAAUGUUCAAAUAAAUAUUUUAAACUAUAAUGUUUUUGCGAAAAUCAAAUUUUCCUGACUCAUUCUCAUUUAUAUGUCCCCUGUCUAACAAUAAUAUUGUAUUUAUAUUUAUGUACAAUUCUUCGUACUGUUUCGUACGACUGUUUGAACAUCUGAUUCGAAUACAUUAAAUUUAUUUCAACUAACGCAUAAAAUUGUUUUUGAAAAACCGGAUUCCCCUUCC